AUCUGCACACAGCAUCACUACGAAGCACGUCUCAAUGGUCGACUUACAAAGAACGACCCGACCGAUCAUUACGGUUACCGACCGUAGUGCGUGUUUGAUUUUCUCUUUCUAAAUGCGUGUUUUAACCAAUGGAAGCGGAAGUGUUGAACCCCUAAAUGAUGGCGGACGUUAAUGGCAACAAUACAUUUCAAAACGCGGAGCUCGAAGUGAUAAAGCUUCAGGAGCUGGUCCGAAAAUUGGAGAAACAAAACGAACAGCUCAGGACAAGAGCAAAUUCAGUAAACAAUUGCAACAAUGGCCCACAUAUAUUUCCAACCUCAUCGGCCUGUCUGCACGGGAGUACAGCGUGUUCUGCUUCUAGUCUGGUUUUCUCGGCAAAUUAUUCAAAUCCAGCACUAUCGCAUCCUUGUGCCCUUGGACCAUACACUCCGUCCGAGGAACCGUUCUCCAAUUUCAAACAAAACUCGGUAUUUGAUACUGAUGUGGAGGAUGCCACUGUUCUGGACGAGGUCGAUAUUCUAGACCUGGAUACCGUACUCCCGGUUGGAGAGUCUGAUCAUAGCUGGCUGUAUGUGUGUCCUAAGGCCAGGCUACGGGGCGAGUGUUUCCUUAGUCCCCUCCAGUGGAGCAGGCAGGUGCUGGACCACCCAGGCCCUGAAGUGGAGGUGGCCAAGAGGUCCCUGUGCCACAGACUGGAGCAAGGCAAGUGGAGGAGAAGCAUCAGCAACUCGGGUCUGGUGUCCUCUGUCCGUCCUUACAGCUCCAUCACAGAGUGGAUCUCUCCCCUUAGCUGCCCCAUCCUGCCUUACACUAAACCUGCUGUGCUAACCACAGAGUCCACAGCUCCUUUCUCUGCAUCCUGCCAUCCCUUGCUCCAGCAGCAGACCCUCCCAGGGAGGGGCUCCUGCAGCCUUAACUCGGUUUACCACAUUGCAGGUGUGAGUCGGCAGCAUGCUGCGGUCAGCCCCCAGUCUUCCAUGGAUAGUGAGGUGGGCACUUCAGAGCUGGAGGAUGACACUAUAUCUAUGGGCUAUAAACUACAGGACAUGACAGACAUACAGGUCAUGGCUCGACUGCAGGAGGAGAGCCUGCGUCAGGAGUACGCCACUACGUCUUCUUCGACCACGGCCAGCCGUCGCAGCUCCAGCUUCUCACUCCGGUGCAGCGAGAUGGACCUGGACGAGGAAGAGGAGGAUGAGGAGGGCUACAACCAGCUCCCUCCGCCCCAGCCUCGGCUGCUCAGGACUGGGUCCAUGCAGUGGGGCAGCCUGUCUCACUCACACACCUUCUCCAGUAUCUCCAGUAUCAGGGAGUGCAGCAGACGCAGCACCUCCACCCCUCAGUACUCCCUCAGUGGGUUGUCCCAGUACCAGCAGCAAUUCUCCGGACCCUCCAGACUCAUUGUGGACACAUAUGGAUACAGGUCCACCACAGACAAGCUGCGGAGAAGCAUGCCCAACCUGAUCCGAGCUCCCAGCAUGCAUUGCGAUCCCAGUGUUGUUCCAAGCCUGGUGUCUCCAGUCAAUCACUCAUCUGGCCCCUCCUCCCUGCCAGUAACCAUGCGGAACAGCCAAAGCUUCGACUUGUCCAAUGGGCUCGCACGACUUCAGUCCUCCAUUCCCUCCACCACCCAGCUCAGCCAGCGAUUCCAGAGUGUGGGAAACUUCCACACAACCCCCAGACACCCUGUCAAGGCCACAGCCUAUGUCAGCCCCACGGUCCAACAGGGUUCCUUCUCCUCCUCCAACACCCUCUCUACCUCUGCCAUUCUUCACAACAUCCCCAGCAGUGCACCAAAGGCCCUCAAAGUCACCAUCCCCAGUGGUGUCCCCCAGCCCUCCUCCAUCCCCCGUAGUGCCUUACCACGACCCGCCCCUUUCACAGGGACCGGUGGCACCCCCCGCCCCAGCAAGAUUGCCCAGCCCACACACAGUCUAUUGACCCCCCCAAAGAGCCUGGCUGCGCUAAGCGCCCUGAGAGACGGCAGCUGGAAGGAUGGCUGCUACUGAACCCGGGAUGUUGUAUAACACCUCAUCAUUCAUCGGGUUACUGUAAGAUCUCUAUGUUCUGAACCAAGGCCUGAGGCCAUGGAUCAUUCAUAUGGGCCAUAUGAGUCGCAGCUUGAAGGGAUACAGUGCAUUUACAAAGUAUUCACACCCCUUGACCUUCUCCACAUUUUGUUGUGUUACAGCCUGAAUUUAAAAUGGAUUAACAUUUGAUUUCUUUUGUCACUGGCCCAUAAUGUCAAAGUGGAAAUAUGUUUUAACAUGCAUUUUGACAAAUAAAUUAAAAAUGAAAAGCUGAAAUGUUUGAAGCCAAUAACUAUUCAACCCUUUGUUAUGGCAAGACUAAAUACGUUUGGAAGUAAAACAUGUUUAACAAGUCAUAUGGACUCCCUAUGUCUGCAAUAAUAUUGUUUAACAUUAUUUUUGAAUGACUACCUCAUCUCUGUACCCCACACAUUCAAUAAUCUGUAAGGUCCCUCAGUCAAUCAAUGGUGACUUUAAAAGAGUUACUGAGUUAAAUGGCUGUGAUAGGAGAAAACUGAGGAUGGAUAGUCACUCCACAAUACUAACCUAAUUGACAGAGCAAAAAGAAGGAAGCCUGUACAGAAUUAAAACAAUUCCAAAACAUGCAUCCUCUUUGCAACAAAGCACACAAGUAAUACUGCAAAAAAUGUGGCAAAGCAAUUAACUUUUGGUCCUGAAUACAAAGUGUUAUGUUUGGGUCAUAUCCAAUACAACACAUUACUGAGUACCACUCUCCAUAUUUUCAAGCAUAGUGGUGGCUGCAUCAUGUUAUGGGUAUGCUUGUAAUAGUUAAGGACUGGGGAGUUUUUUAGGAUAAAAAAACAUGGAAUGGAGCUAAGCACAGGCAAAAUCCUAGAAGAAACCCUGUUUCAGUCUGCUCUCCACCAGACACUGCGAGAUGAAUUCACCUUUCAGCAGGACAAUAACCUAAAACACAAGAAGACAGUGAAUUUCCUGAGUGGCCGAGUUACAGUUUUGACUUAAAUCUACCUGAAAAUAUAUGGCAAAUGGUUGUCUAACAAUGAUCAACAACCAAUUUGACAGAGCUUGAAGAAUUGAAAAUAAUAAUAGGCAAAUGUUGCACAAUCCAGGUGUGGAAAGCGCUUAGAGACUUACCCAGAAAAACUCACAGCUAUAAUCGCUGCCAAAGAUGCUUCUAUAAAGUGUUGACUCAGGGGUGUAAAUGAGAUAUCUGUAUUUCAUUUUCAAUACAUAUGCAAAAAUGUCUAAAAUCAUGUUUUCACUUUGUCAUUAUGGGGUAUUGUGUGUAGUUGGGUAAGGAUAAAAUAUAAAGGGUAUGAAUACUUUCGGAAGGCACUUUAGUUUUAGUUUUCCCUGAUGUUCAUAGAGAUUGCAUUCACAGUACACUCAAAAAUGCUAUCUAUAGUAGAACCUGUGCCCAUAGAAUAACCCUUUGAAGAACCCUUUUCUUGUUCCAGGUAGAACCCUCUGUGGAAAUGGGUUCUACAUGGAACCCAAAUGGGUUCUACCUGGAACCAAAAAGGGUUCUGCUAUGGGGACAGAGUGUAAACGUAAAUUACCUUUAAAAGUCAAGUCAAUGUGCUUGUCGAUAAUGCACAUUUCAUUGAAUCCCGGCCUUGGAAUCAUUGUUCUAGAAAACUGAGACUAUUCUUGAGGACUGAGGAGAGAUCGAAACAGCAGAAUCUAAUCUACCUGUUGUGUAAUAGACCGUUCAAGAGGAUAAAAGUGGAAGACACUUUUACAAGAGGGCAAUAUGGUGAUAAUCAAUGAUCUUCAUUGACCAAUGGUAUUUCCUGGUCUGAGUUGGCAGUAUUAGUUGCAAUAGAUAGAGCCACAAAACUCUCAUUCAUGUGAUUGAAUCCAUCUCCAGCCAAAAUGUCAGCAAGGCCAGUAUUCUUAUAUUGGUUUUUAGUCCUGGUCGGAUACAAGCAAGAACUUUGGAACAAACAUUCCUCAGGUGAUAUGAAAAAAUCUUAGAAGGGGUGCCAAAAAGCUAUCCUAUUAUGUGCCAUAGGGCGAUAUUUAUGUGCAGUCCACCAAACAUUGCUCUUCAUAAGCCUUUUGAACAUACUUUGCUCAUCAAAGGCCAUCAAAGACUUUUGGCCAGAAGUGAGAUGUUGUGUGAUCUGCUUUUGGAUUUCCAUGCCAUGUUUGACCAUGGUGAAACUUGAUGCUUUAUAAUGGCUGCCAUAUCAUUAUGGCUGCUAUAUUAGAUUCACAGGAAUAUUGGGUUUGGGGAAAAAUCCCUGGUGGCCUAAAUGCAUAAUUGCAAAAGUAGUGGCUAGACAAGCAUUAUCUACUGAGAAACCUUUGAUGGGACAAAGUACCAUUGUUUAUGUGACUGGGCCCUGUCUACUAUGUUAGAGUAGACCAGUUUAAGGUAAUACUUAGGGUAAAUUACACAUGUUCUCAAUCAAUUAGCUACACAUUGUAUGUUCUCAGUAGAUAAGGUACACAAUGUAUACAUAAUCUAAGGUGUGUGUGCAAUUCAGUUUGAUAACAUUGCCCUUUAAAUACAUCUCUAAGGUUAUUAAUGUAGUAGUUCACCAAAAUCUGUCUGGUUUAUGUAAAAAAAUGGAUUAUGUAAGAAAAAUAACAAAAAUAGGGGGUACCAUUUCCACAUUUUUGGGAACCCCUUCUAAUAGAAAUGUAUACAUCCGAAAGAGCAUCUCUACCAAAUCUAGACAUUUGUAUCCAAUACGUCACAAUUAAACAAAAACAAAAUCUUUGAUGCUAAGGCCCAUGACUAUUUCUAUGAAAUCAUGGUACUAUAUUGAAUUAG